GCGGGGCACGGACAUUGCCCUGGCACCCCCAGAGACUUGGAAGCCACCCAGACCCAGCCCCCUCCACAAGGUACUGUGGGUUGGUGACAUAACCACUUUGGGCCUCAGUUUACCCCUCCAUAAAAUGGCACUGUGAUCCACACUAGAACCACAAUGGGAAAAUUCCAUAUUCAGACAUAGCCAGCAGGUCUCCCUUCUGACAGAUGGCCAGGGCGAGGCCAGAACUUGAGCUGUUGCCCAAGGACUUCCUUGAGACAGGUGCUGGAUUCCCAGCCUUCUCAGAACCCUGCUGAAUUGGCCUGGCUGCUUGGGCUCUGAACCAGGUCAGCUGGCCGGAAAGCUCCUCCCUCUGAAUGUACACACACAACACACACACACACACACACACCCCCAAGACUGAGAAUUCACCAUUAGAGCCCCAUGCACUGAACUUAACCAGGCAAAGUGGUGUAGAGAAAAAGGACCAACUUGACUGAGUGCCAGCUCUGUCCCCAGUGCCUUCUGUCCCCUCUGCAUCCCUGGGAGAGAAGCACCCUUCCUGACCCCCUUUUCCCCACGGAGGAAACUGAGGCUCAGAGAGGAGACACUAGUUCUUCUGGUUCAGUAUGUCUAGGGGCCAAGUGUCAGGGCCAGCUUUGUGAUCAGAGUCUGUUGAGGGUUUGAGCCACCCUCGGUGACUGGCAGAUCUCAGGGUCUUGUCCCUGUAUGGAGGGAAUAUCAGGGUUAUAGUGGGCCCCUCACACAGCUCAGGCAGAAGUUCAGGGAAGAGACAGAUAUACAGGUCAGUGAUGUCUAGAAUUUGAUGGCCCAUCAGCCAUUUACACCUUAGUAUGAAUGAGCUGCUCAGACUCUUCCCACAGGCCUUUAAUGAGGAGAAGAGAGAACGAUUUGAAGCCCCCACUGGCUGCUGGGCAAAAGGCAGAUAACUUCAUUAAGUAGGCAUUUAUUGUGUGCCCGGUGCUAAGGUCACAGCUGUGAACAAGAACAUAGGCCCUCCCUCAGGAGGCUCUCAGUAUACUUUCAUGAAGUAGGCAAUGGACAAGUAAACAGACAAAUGAGAUACAUUCAGACAGGGACCUCAUUAAUGUAGUGCGUGAGCCAAGGCCUGGGCUGAGCUAGGAAAGAGAGGCACCAAGCAGCAGAAAUUGCACAUGCAAAGGUCCUGAGGCAGGACCGAGGUUUUUAAAGCCUCUGUGGCUGCCUUGGGGGAAGAAAGAUCUCCUGGGGACGGGGGACAGGAAUAGAGGUGGCAGAGGCAGGGAGGUGGUUAGGAAAACAUCUGGGUAGUAGAUGGUGGACCCUGGACCAGGCUGGGGCAUCCAGUGGGAAGCAGAGACUGCUGUCAUCCGCAUUUAGCAGAGGAGAAAACUAUGGCAUAGAACCUCAGAGUAUGUUGUCCAGGGGCACCCUGGGAGAAGCGUCAGUCCAGAUCUGACUCUGAGUCCCUGGCCUCAACCCCAGGUGAGGAUGGGAUGAGGGGAGGGGCCUAUUGAGAGCAGAUAAGCCAGUUUUACCAGGAGGAAAUGGGAGGUGAGUUUGAAGCUCUAGCUCAGUCGGCUGGCUCCCUUACAUGCCACCAGGGGGCAGCAGAACCACAUUGCCUUGGGCCAGGCAAGGAGAUGGGUCCCUGCCUUCCCUGCUCAAAGCACCUUAGAAUUAAACUGUCAUUUGUCCCCUCAGCCUCUAAGGACCUGUGAGUCCAGCCCCUGUGACUCCCACCCCCACCUCCUCCCCAUCUACCUCUCCAGUGCUCACCCAACUCUAGCCAUGUGGCUUCUUGGACUGUUAAAAUAUAAGCUGGUCCAGCCAUAGGGCCUUUGCACUUGCUGGCCCUUCUGCCUAGAGCUCCAUUUUCUCCAUUUACUCCUUUAUUCAUUUGUCAAGUCUCCAAGCCACCAGAUAGGAAGCUUUUCCUGACCAACCUUCCCUGCCCCUGCCCCACCUUAAGGGCCCCCAAGCCCUAGUUCCAUCCAUUAUACGUAUCCGUUUCCCUCAUCCCAACCACCUCAUGAGUGUGAUGUCCAUGUUUUCUUAUGUGAUUAUAGGGGGUUUUUUUCCACCAGAGGUUUGGGAGCCCUUUGAUGGCCUGACUUGGAUCUGUCCUGGUCAUCCUAGAUACUCAGGCAGGGCCUGGUAUACAGCAGGUGCUCAGUUAAUGCUUGUGGCAAAGACAAAUGGGAAGCAGCUGGGCUCUCCCUGUGGUGGUAGCAGGGAAGAGGUUGAAGAGGUUAUGAGUUGGGCCCAGAUGGACAAGGAGGCAACAAAGAGGCUAUUCUAGGCAGGAACAGCAUUGUCAGAGGAGUGUUCCCUCUGGGGCCUUGGACGCCAAGGACAGGAAGAAUUUGGAUUUUUCUACUCAUGCUACUGAAAGCUACACAAGGUACAGGGCUUGGAGGGACGGGGACAGCUCAUGACAGGUAGGAAGGGCUGGGGUGGUCAGACCAAGCUGGGUUCGGGGGUGAGGGUCUGUAUGUCCACUUGGGGCUUUGCUAUUUACACAGUUUACACAGCUCAAGAAGAUAGAGGCAAAGUCCAAGGCACAGACGGAGUUAGGAUCUCAGCUCUGGGAAAGAGGUUCACCGAGGAGUAGGAUCUUGCUGGAAAAUGAGGAGCCAUGGAGGGUGUGUGAGCAGGGGCGGGGCAUGAUCUGGUGGGCAGUGGGCUGGCGCCAAAGGUCAGUGGUUCAGCCAGUCUCUCAUGGGAGGUCUUUGCCAUGGCCACAGGCCUCUUGGAUUGCCAGCUGUAGCCCUGUUCUGCAGAGGAGGAAACUAAGGCCAGAUGGACAUGGGAGAAGCAGCUGCUGGGGAUGCCAGUGCAGUGGGCGUAAUGUGGGGCCUGUAGGCGGUGCAGGCUGGGGAUGAGGGGCAGCUCCUUGACUGUGUGCAGAAGUGUCUCUGGCCCACAUUUGGGGGGAGCUUGUGGGCACAGCAUGUCAGCAUAUGGUGACACGAGACCAUGACUUCAUCCCCAUUUGGGUCCCCAGACCUAUGGGACUUCAAAUUCCUCCCACGCUGAACAUCUGAGGACCACAUCUGAUCCUGAAACAGGGUCUGUCCUUUGGCCUCAGAAUAAGCCCAGAAUUCACCUACUUUACUCUGCAGCUGCACGCUGGUCCAGGACUCAGUAUCCCCCUCUUAGACCCUGGGACAGCCCCUCACUAGCCUCCUGUCACCUCUAUUCCUGCCCCAACAGCUCUUGUUUCCCAUGGCAGACGUCAGGGGGUGUUUUACAAACAUAGUCCAGAUCACACCCUUCCCCUGCUCACACAUCCUCCAUGGUUCCCUAUUGCUCCUACAGUAAAACUGCACUCCUCCCUCCAGCCCAUAAGGCCUACAUGGUCCAUCUUGCUGGCAUUUUCCCCUCAUUCCUCCCUAAGGGCCUUUGCAUGAGCUAUGCUCACUGGCCCGGGGCUCUCUAUCUCCAUGGCUCCUCUUCCUUCUCAGUUCCUCAGCUGGCUGCAGUAUCCUCCUGGCUAAAGUUGUCCUUUGCUGGUGAGCAGGGGAGGUUCUUUUCCUUCAUCAGCUUCAGUGUUUGAAAUUAACCUGUUUGUUUGUUUCCUAUUUACUCUCUGCCUCCCCUGCCAGACUGGGGACCCCUGAGAGCAGGGAUUAUUUGUGGCCUGCCUCCCCAGGGUUCCAUACGAGAGCAGGCACACAGUAAAUGCUCAAUCAAUGUUUGUUGAGUGAAUGAAUGGCCAGACAUGAGUGUUUGAGCCCCAGUCUGGGGGACCUGGAGAGCAGGCCUGGGGAGACACUCAGUAGGUAUCUAGGCCACGGCAGGUGGGGGGCAUCUGAGUGGGACACUGGGCUUGGAAGGAGCAGGGUGGGGAGUCUGAGAGAAACUUGAGAAGCAAAAUCAGUGGCAAGAUGGAUGGGUGAAGUUAGCGUUACUUGUGCAGCAGCACCCCUACAUGUCUCGGUUAUCUCUUCUCAGGUGUGGAGUCUGGGCUCCAGGUCAAUCCUGGACCAGUCAGUUCCCAAAGUGCCAUGUGGCCUGUGAAGGGUCCACCCUCAGGGUGACACUGUCCCUGACUUCCCCGGGCUGUCAUGAAAGGAGGAAGCACUAAUUCACUGUCUACUGCAUGAGACAUUCCUCCUUCCAUAGUGAAGAUGAACGGUACCCCCAGCUCUGUACCAGGCACUUUCUGUGCCUCUGAUUUUAUUCCAUUUUCACAAGGGGACAUGGGUAGAUGGGGAACAGAAGCCUGAAAGUUUGUCUAAUGCUAACGUUUAUCCAACGUUUACCAGGCACUCUUGGAGUCAUAGCCUUACAACUUAAUUGUGUAGUCAUCAUCCACUUCUUGGGCAGGAGUUCAGGUGAAGGAGGCUAGUGAGGGACUGUAACAGCCCCGUUUUCCUCCCAUUUUACAGUUGAGAAUACUGGGGCUUCAGAAGUUAAAUGAAGCAUCUGAUUCCUGAUAGUGGCCAGGCUGAUGGCCUUUCCCCAUCGCACAGAGCUUACCAGGUGCCCUGACUCAGUUUGUUAAAAACACCCUCUGUGCCAGUCCAGUGUUGGAAGAUGCUGGGACCCCAAGGAUCCAAGCCGGGGGAAGACAGAGCUGGAUAGAUCCAAGAGAAGUCUUCUUGGAGGAGGGGACACUGAAUUUUGCCAGGCAGGAAAGGCAUUCCAAGGAGUGGAGCCGGCGUGGGCGCACGGUAGCAUGAGCGGGGCCAGACCGCUGGAUGGGUCUUGAGUGCCGCACUCAGAAGGGGUUCGCACCGAAGGGGCACAGGGGGCGUGAUCGGAUUUACAUUUUGAGGAAAGAGAGCCAAGUUCCAGGACCCAACAUCAAAGUGCCGCCAACGCCCCGCCCCCGCCGCCCGCAAUCCUGGCAACGCGCCGCCCCUCCGCCCGCGGCCUUGGCAACGUCCCGCCUCUCCGCCCGCGGCUAUGGCAACGCCUCGCCCACUCGCCAGCACGCGGGUCCGCCGGCCUUGCUUCCGCGUCGCUCGCCCCUCCCCGCCAGGCCAGGCCCCGCCCCCGCUCUGCCCUGAGCCGGGUUCCCGGCCUCGAUCCCAGGCGCGCGCUUCCUCCUCGACCCCCUACCCCUAGCACCACGGCGCGCACCAUCUCCUCCGACCCUCACCGCGAGCCUCCCACCGUGGUGAUCCCACCGUGAAGGUUCGCGCCCCGCCGCCGCUGGUUGCGCCCCCGCGCCUCUCGGGCCUCUGGCGGCGGCGGCGGCACAAAGAGAAGCAGCAUGUCCGACCCCAGCUACUGGACGGCGGUGGCAGCUCCUGGCCACCGGAGCCGCCUGGCCAAGGGCGCGCUGCUGCAGCGCUCCAAGAGCUGCCGCAGUGGGAACCGCAAGAGCCUGGUGGUAGGAACACCCUCACCGACCCUUUCCCGGCCACUGUCGCCACUGUCAGUCCCAACGGCAGGCAGCAGCCCCCUGGAUAGUCCUCGGAACUUCUCAGCUGUAUCUGCUGUCAACUUCCCUUUCGCCCGGAGCCACAUCCCGCGUGCAGACAGGGCUGAUGGCAGAAGAUGGUCCCUUGCAUCCCUCCCGUCUUCUGGCUAUGGAACCAACACGCCCAGCUCCACUGUCUCGUCGAGCUCAUCCUCCCGGGAGCGCCUCCACCAGCUUCCUUUCCAACCGACACCGGACGAACUCUGCUUCCUGUCCAAGCAUUUCCGCAGCUCAGACAGUGUGGCUGAUGAGGAGGGUGGCCACCGCUCACCGCGCCUUCGCCCCCGCUCCCGCAGCCUCAGCCCUGGACGCACAACAGGGACCUUCGACAAUGAGAUCGUCAUGAUGAAUCAUGUGUACCGGGAGAGAUUCCCCAAGGCCACAGCACAGAUGGAGGGCCGUCUACAGGAGUUCUUGGCCACCUUCUCGCCCGGCUCCCGGCUGGCACUGGCCGACGGCGUCCUGGGCUUCAUACACCACCAAAUCAUCGAGCUGGCCCGUGACUGCCUAGCCAAGUCUGGAGAGGCGCUUGUCACCUCCCGCUACUUCCUGGAGAUGCAGGAGAAGCUGGAGAGGCUGCUGCAGGAUGCCCACGAGCGCUCAGACAGUGAGGAAGUUGGCUUCAUUGUCCAGCUCGUCAGGAAGCUGCUGAUCAUCAUCUCGCGGCCAGCGAGGCUCCUCGAGUGCCUGGAGUUUGACCCUGAGGAGUUUUACCACCUGCUGGAGGCUGCUGAGGGCCAGGCCCGUGAGGGCCAGGGCAUCAAGACGGACCUGCCACAGUACAUCAUUGAGCAGCUGGGCCUGACGAAGGACCCUCUCCAGGAGAUGGUGCCUCUGAGUCACCUCGAUGACAGUGGAGGACAGCCUCCAGCACCAGAGUCCCCAGAGAGUCGUGCCCUGGUCGGCCCUUCACGGAGGAAGCCAUGUGAGAGCGACUUCGAGACUAUCAAGCUCAUUAGCAAUGGGGCCUAUGGUGCUGUCUACCUGGUGCGGCACCGGGACACAAGGCAGCGCUUUGCCAUUAAGAAGAUCAACAAGCAGAACCUGAUCCUGCGCAACCAGAUCCAGCAGGUCUUCGUGGAGCGUGACAUCCUCACCUUUGCCGAGAAUCCUUUUGUGGUCAGCAUGUUCUGCUCGUUCGAGACCCGGCGCCACCUGUGCAUGGUCAUGGAGUAUGUGGAAGGCGGCGACUGUGCCACACUCCUCAAGAACAUGGGCCCGCUGCCUGUGGAUAUGGCCCGCAUGUACUUCGCUGAGACAGUGCUGGCGCUCGAGUACCUGCACAACUAUGGCAUUGUGCACCGGGACCUCAAGCCUGACAACCUGCUCAUCACCUCGCUCGGCCACAUCAAGCUGACUGACUUUGGCCUGUCCAAGAUCGGGCUCAUGAGCAUGGCCACCAACCUCUACGAGGGCCACAUCGAGAAGGACACUCGGGAGUUUGUGGACAAGCAGGUAUGUGGGACGCCUGAAUACAUCGCCCCUGAGGUGAUCUUCCGCCAGGGCUACGGGAAGCCAGUGGACUGGUGGGCCAUGGGCGUCGUCCUCUAUGAAUUCCUGGUGGGCUGUGUGCCAUUCUUCGGAGAUACCCCUGAGGAACUCUUUGGCCAGGUGGUCAGUGAUGAAAUCAUGUGGCCUGAGGGGGACGAAGCCCUUCCAGCUGACGCCCAGGACCUUAUCACCAGGCUGCUCCGACAGAGCCCACUGGACCGUCUAGGCACUGGUGGCACCCACGAAGUGAAGCAGCACCCCUUCUUCCGGACACUGGACUGGGCAGGGCUUCUGCGACACAAGGCUGAGUUCGUGCCACAGCUUGAGGCUGAGGAUGACACCAGUUACUUUGACACACGCUCGGAACGUUACCACCACCUGGGCUCAGAGGAUGAUGAGACCAAUGAUGAGGAGUCAUCCACGGAGAUCCCCCAGUUCUCGUCCUGUUCCCAUCGGUUCAGCAAGGUCUACAGCAGCUCUGAGUUCCUGGCCGCCCAGCCCACUCCAACCUUCGCCGAACGGAGCUUCAGUGAGGACCGGGAGGAAGGGUGGGAGCGCAGCAGCGAGGGGGAGUAUGGGCGCCGGCUGAGCACCGAGGUCCGGCUAAGGUCGUGGACGUCCUCUGGUUCCUCCUGCCACUCAUCCUCUUCCCAGCCUGAACGAGGGCCUAGCCCAUCUCUCCUGGGCACCAUCAGCCUGGACACAAUGCCCAAGUUUGCCUUCUCGUCAGAGGACGAGGGAGCUGGCCCAACUGCUGUGGGCCCCAAAAGGCCCGUCUUCAUUCUAGGGGAGCCUGACCCACCCCCAGCAGCCACCCCAGUGGUGCCAAAGCCCUCAAGCCUUUCUGCUGACACAGCUGCCCUCAGCCACGCGCGACUACGAAGUAACAGCACUGGUGCACGACACUCCACGCCGCGGGCCCUGGAUGCCGGCCGGGGCCGCCGCCCAGGGGGCCCAAGAGACUCAGCCCCUGAGAAAUCCAGGGCCUCCCCCAGUGGGGGCCGCGUGCCCAAGUCAGCCUCGGUGUCCGCACUGUCACUCAUCAUCACGGCCGAUGACGGCAGCGGCGGCCCCCUCAUGAGCCCCCUGUCCCCACGCUCACUGUCCUCGAACCCAUCGUCCCGAGACUCCUCUCCAAGCAGAGACCCUUCCCCUGUGUGUGGCAGCCUGCGGCCCCCCAUUGUCAUCCACAGCUCAGGCAAGAAGUACGGCUUCAGCCUGCGGGCAAUCCGUGUCUACAUGGGUGACAGUGACGUCUACGCUGUGCACCACGUCGUGUGGAGCGUGGAGGAGGGAAGCCCCGCCCAGGAAGCGGGCCUGCGAGCUGGGGACCUCAUCACCCACAUCAAUGGGGAGUCGGUCCUGGGGCUGGUGCACAUGGAUGUCGUGGAGCUGCUGCUGAAGAGUGGCAACAAGAUCGCCCUUCGGACCACAGCCCUGGAGAACACCUCCAUCAAGGUGGGCCCUGCACGGAAGAAUGUGACCAAGGGCCGCAUGGCGCGCAGGAGCAAGCGGAGCCGAAGGCGGGAGACGCAGGACCGGCGGAAGUCCCUCUUCAAAAAGAUCUCAAAACAGUCAUCUGUGCUACACACCAGCCGCAGCUUCUCCUCCGGCCUCCACCACUCCCUGUCGUCUAGCGAGAGCCUCCCGGGCUCACCCACCCACAGCCUCUCUCCCAGCCCCACCACGCCCUGCCGCAGUCCGGCUCCUGAUGCCCCAGCAGACACGGCGUCCCCACCCAGUGCAUCCCCAAGCUCCAGCAGCCCUGCAUCUCCGGCUGCCGCUGGCCACACCCGCCCCAGCUCCCUGCAUGGCUUGGCCGCCAAGCUUGGACCACCUCGCCCCAAAACUGGUCGCCGCAAGUCCACCAGCAGCAUCCCGCCCUCCCCACUGGCCUGCCCGCCUGUGCCUGCACCCCCACCCCGCUCACCCUCGCCUCUGCCAGGGCACCCACCUGCACCUGCCCGGUCCCCGAGGUUGCGCCGGGGCCAGUCGGCUGACAAGCUGGGUACAAGUGAGAGGCUGGACGGGGAGCUGGGGCGCCGUAGCCGUGGGCCGGACUCCGAGCUGGUGGUCAUGCGGCGGCUGCAUCUAUCUGAGCGCCGAGACUCCUUCAAGAAGCAGGAGGCCGUGCAGGAGGUGAGCUUUGAUGAGCCACCUGAGGAGGCCACUGGGUCACCCCCUUUGGUGCCUCAGAUCGCUGUGGAGGGUGCUGAGGCCAUGCCAGGAGCCCUUGGACCCGCUGGGAAAGACUAACCCCUCCUAUGUGGCCUCUCCCUGGCCUGGAAGUCAAGCAUUUUUGCAGAAUGUUUUUUCCAUAAAUUGACACCUGGAUAGAGACUGAGCCAACAGCCUAUGACACCUGGAAGAUGAGAAGCCAUGGAGGUUCUUACCAGAAGGUGUAGACAGUGCCUCCCUCGUGUUCUGGAGCCGAUCAGUCAGGGAGCCAUAGGGGCAGGAGUGGGAGACUAGGGUGGCGUUGUAAAUAGCAGCAAAUCCCUGCAACUAAUUUAUUACUUUUUAUAAGCGAUAGCCAGAGUGAGCUGCCACUGUUGAGGCGGCUGCCCAGGCCCUGCCCCAUGUACCUGGGACCCAUUUGCAGACCCUGCCCCCUGGGCUGAGAAGGAAGCACUUUGGAAAAUCACAUGUGUUCAUGUUUUCUAGUUUUUCUGUACUUUUAAAGUCUCUUUGUGUUACUUGAUCCCAUUCCCUGACUCCAGACCCACAGAUUCAAAGGGACACAGCCAAGCUUACCUGUCCAGGCCCAGUUUGGAUUGGAGGGUCCAUAAACAAUACCCUCCACCACAAAACGAAGUAAUCCUGAUGAUGGACUGCAUUCUGAAGGCUACUUUCCACAUCAUAGCCUCUAUGUAGGCCAGCCUUGCUAGUGUCUGCCUCCAGUCCUAUAGGCUUGGGAUGUGUGGGAACUGGGGCUUUGAUGUAUGAAUAGAAGUUCACCAGAUCUAGACAGAGGGGUUGCCCUCUUCACAGGCAGACUUUGAUGCCCUGGAGGCAGAGGCCUCAAAGGUGCCACCAGGGUAAAUUGCCACCCUGGACAAGAUUUUUUGUGUGUUUGAUACACACCCGGGUGAGCCCUUACCCAUGAUGUGUCUGAAAACACCCCCUGGGGAUUCCCUCCAUGUGCCAGAGCCAUGCUAGGAUGAAAUUCAAGUGAGAAAAAUCCAACUAGGGGGCCAAGUUUGAACCUUGGCUUCACUGUUUGGCUCUGGGAACAUGGCUUCCCUACUCCGUGCCUCAGUUUCCUUGUGUUUACAAAACUAAUACCAGUAACUAUUUAUUAAGCACCUGUAUGCCAAGUACUUUUACUUGUGGCUUCUCCCUCAGCCAGCUUUGAAAAGGCUAGAGGUGGUGUUGUCAUCCCCGUUUUACAGACAAAUACCUAAGGCCUAGCAAAGGGUGGAGACUUGUCCUGUGAUUGCCUGGUAAAAGUCACACAGCCAGGCCCUGUCCUGGGCAUUGUUAUCAAGGGAGCUUGAAUGGAGAAUCUGAUGUCCGAUACAGCAGACUCCAGCUCUAGCUCUCUCCCCUGUAACGCUGUGUGACCCACUGGGCAUCUGUGAGCCUCCAUUUCCCAUUUGGAGGUGGCAAGCAAGAUCAGCAUGCCCCACAUGGUGAGGGCACUUUCCAGGCACUGCAGCCUGCUCUGCAUUCCUUCUGAAGACGCCUGUCCAGCACUGCCUGGUGUUGGAGCUAGACCAAGGCUGUGCAUGACUUGCUCCCACCUUCUAUCCUGGAGCUGACAGUGAAUAAAAGCUCACAUUUACAAAG